AUGAGCGUUAGAGGUACUCGUGGAAGGGGUACACAAGGUUGCGGUAGUGGCCGAGGUAGUGCUAGGGCUGGGUUUUCGGCAUUAAGCCACAUGUCCAAUGUUGAGGCUAGGGAGGCACCAGCUUCACCGGGUGUUUCUGGAGUAGCCCCUAAUGUGGUUAAAUACUGGUUGGAAGCCACGGAGAGAAUAAUGGAUGACCUCGACUGCACUUCUGAGCAAAAGCUAAAAGGUGCAGUGUCUUUACUGCAAGAUGAAGCCUAUCAGUGGUGGUUUACGGUGAGAGAAGUGGCAACUGAGUAUGAACGCUGUGUGCGAUUUGAGGACGGCCUUCGGGAUGAGUUGCAAAUCCUGGUGGCUCCGCAGAGGGAGCGAGAUUUUUCUACCCUAGUUGAAAAGGCGAAAAUCGUCGAGGAUGUGAAGUGCUCUGAGCGCCAGAAUUGUGAGAAAGAUAGGAGUAGGUUUAAGAGGGAUUCUAAGCCCUCAAGUUCUUCUAGAAUGCCUAAAAAGAAGGCUAGGUUUGAUGGGCCUGUUCGAGCUGGGGUUUCUGUUUCAAGACCUCAACCUUGUGCUGAUUGUGGGAGACAUUAUUUGGGUGAGUGUUGGAAGAAUAUUGGGGCAUGUUUCAGAUGUGGGUCUAUGGAGCAUCAAGUUAAGGAUUGUCCUCAGAGGCCUACUCAGAUGCAAGCUGUUGGAGGUGGAAAUGGUGUGGGACGAGGUCGUGGACCGUAUGGCAGAGGGGUUGCUAGCAUUGAGGUAAGGCAGCCAACACUGGUUUAUGCUGCCCGCGUCUGUGAGGAUGGUAACACUCAAGAUGUUAUAACUGUAAUGGUAGACAAGUUGUUCAAAGAUGUACCCCUAGAGGUUCAAGGAGUUAUAUUUUUAGCAGAUUUAAUGGAGCUACCAUUUGGUGAAUUCGACCUAAUCUUGGGGAUGGAUAUGCUGGGUAAAGACCGUGCAAGUUUGCAUUGUGCUACUAAGUGUAUGGUGUUAAAAACCAUUGAGGAUGAGGAGGUGGCUGUGAUUGGGGAGCGAAGAGACUUUCUGUCUAAUGUGAUCUCUACAUUAAGGGCCGAAAAAUUGGUUCGUAAGGGUUGUGAGGCGUUUCUAGCCUAUGUUGGUGUAACUGAUUCUAAGGGUCCUUCUGUUGGAGAUAUCAGAGCUGUUAAGGAUUUUUCUGAUGUUUUUUCUGGUGAGCUCCCUGGGUUGCCUCCAAGACGCGAAGUUGAAUUUGGAAUUGAGCUUUUGCUAGGAACGACUCCAGUGUCCAUCGCCCCUUAUAGGAUGGCACUGAAGGAGCUGGUGGAAUUAAAAGCUCAAAUCUCAGAACUAUUGGAUCGAGGAUUCAUUCGACCUAGUGUGUCUCUGUGGGGAGCACCAGUGUUGUUUGUUAAGAAGAAGGAUGGGACUAUGCGCAUGAGCUUCGGUUUUCUCCAAAAUGGAUUUUCUUCUGGGUAUCAUCAGUUGAGAGUUAAGGAGGCUGAUGUGUAUACAACUGCCUUUAGGACUCAUCGGUUCGUGGUGGUGUUUAUAGACGACAUCUUGGUGUAUUCAAGAACCGAGGAUGAGCAUGAUGCGUAUCUCCGAAUUCUCCUGCAGGUUUUAAGUGAAAAACAACUGUAUGCUAAGUUCAGCAAGUAUGAGUUCUGGCUGCAAGAAGUGACUCUUCUGGGUCAUGUAGUAUCUGCUGAGGGGAUUAGGGUAGAUCCUCGAAAAAUUGAAGCUAUACUGGAAUGGAAACCACCUAAGACUGUAUUUGAGAUUCGAAGCUUUCUGGGUCUAGCAGGGUAUUACAGACGUUUUGUUGAGGGGUUUUCCUUUAUUGCUGCAUCUCUCACUAAGUUGUUACGUAAAAGGGUACCGUUAACUGGACUGAUAAGCAGCAAGAAACUUAAGCCUCACGAGGCGAAUUACCCUACUCAUGACUUGGAAUUAGCUGUAGUGGUAUUCGCACAGAAAAUUUGGAGGCAUUAUCUCUAUGGUGAGAAGUGUACUAUUUACACAGAUUACAAGAGUCGUAAGUACCUCAUCACUCAGAAGGAGUUGAAUCUUAGGCAGCGAAGAUGGAUCGAGCUGCUUAAGGACUAUGAUUGCUCAAUUGAGUACCAUCCUGGUAGGGCUAACGUGGUAGCAGACGCACUGAGCCGUAGGGCUGUAUCUGAUUUGAGACUGAUGUUUGCUCGUCUUAGAUUGUUUGAUGAUGGUAGGAUGUUGGUUGAGCUAAAAGUUAAACCGACGUGGACUGGAUAG